AUGGCUACGCGCCUAGGAACAGCUGUGCGCAUUCACCUACAACCUAGUUACCGAAAACGGCUAUCGCUAUCCAAUAGUCGCUCGAUCCUCGCUGCGCUCAAGAAAUUCGGUGAAGUCAAUACCUUCAAGAACCUCAAGUUUGAUUUCUCCCAUGCAACCCCGAAUCCACUCAAUCGCUGCAUCCGCGUGAUCUUCGACGACAAAGAGGCCGCAGAACGCGCCAUCGCCGCAUCGCCUCUGAAAGUCCCCAUUUCCCAACCACAACCACAACCGCAAGUACAACCAGCACACAGCCCCUUGUCCGCCGAAACGCCCUCCUCAGCCCCAUACCCAGACUCCGCUGUCAGAAACCCCGAUAUAGCCCCCGCGACUCAAGAAAUGAUCUGCACAAUCGAACCCGACACCCACACUGAAGCAAUGAUAACCUCACGAACAAUGUUCAACGUUUACACCUCCCGCAAAAGGGACAACCACAUCCUAAAUGACCUCGAAGGCCCGGAAACAAACAUACCACUCCCACAACUAGCUGAUACAAUCCGGCGCGAGGGAGUGGACUACUAUGAUAAGAAAAGGAAGCCAGACCCCAAUGCGCCGACCUUGAUGGAGCUUUACAGGGAGGGUGCCCGCGCUGCCGCGGAUGCGAAGAACAGGCGCUCGAAAAUUGUUACGUUGGAGGAGACGCAUAAAUCGCAUCAGCAGCCGCAGCCACAGCCGCAGCCGCAGCAACAGCCCCAGCCAACUGCUCGCGUAAGCGGGCUGAAGCAACUGGCUAAGAAGAAGAAUCAGGCGCACGCGGUGGAAGAUUGA